AGAUAUAGCUCUUCAUUUACAAGUUUAACAUGUGUAAGCACUUAACCAAUUCGCUCAGCUAAUACACUGGUGCUCCAACGUAGGAGAAUAUAUAUGUCACUGACUAUUUUUAAAACAGACGUUAAUAAUUGUUACAAAGAUGUUGUGCUGUAGAAGUGAACAAAAACGAGUAAAUAAACAAAUCGAGAAGCGAAUAAAAAAGGACAAAGACGACUUAAAGAAAGAGGUCAAAGUUCUAUUGUUAGGGACACACCAGAGUGGUAAAAGCACACUUCUACGACAGUUGAGGAUUAUCCAUGGAGUUGGUUACUCUGACGAUGAGAAGAGAAGUUUUACUGCACAUAUAUACAAUCAGAUUGUUCAGGCAAUUCAAGACUUGGUCUUUGAAAUGGAUUUACUAAAAAUACAUUACAAGACCCCUGCAAAUGAGGAACAUGCCAGGAAGGUAAAACAAAACGAUUUUACGUGCAAACGAACAGUUGACCUGGAAGAUAUGGAUACAAUAAAGAGUUUAUGGGCAGAUCCGGGCAUGCGAAAAUGGUACGAGGAGAGUAAAAAAUGCCAUCUGACAGAUUCACAGCGGUACUUUAUGGAUCAUAUCGACCGAAUUACAGAAUCAAACUAUCUACCCACUUUACAUGAUAUUCUGCACUGCACUGUUGAUUUGCAUGGGAUAACAGAGCAUCUUUAUACUAUAGGUGGUAUUUUACACAGAUUUAUUGAUAUACGAGGCGCAAGGACAGAGAGACGUAAAUGGAUUCAUUAUUUUGACAAUAUUUCAGCCCUGAUGUUUAUCGUAGCUCUCAGUGAUUAUGACAAAAUCGAAACAUACAGCAAUAAUGAAAAUCGUCUAGAAUUAGCUAAAUCCUUUUUUAAGACAAUUAUUGAUUAUCCAUGGUUCCAAAACUGUGGAAUAACGCUGUUUUUGAAUAAAAAAGACGUCCUAGAAGAACAAAUCAUGCAAACCAAUAUGGUGGAUUACUUUCCAGAAUUUAAAGGACUUAAUAAAAAUUCAAAAGCCGCAAUAGAGUUUAUUAUAAAGAUGUUUGUAGAGCAAAAUGCUGACCCGGAUCGGAUCAUCUAUUUACACAUCGUUUGUUUAUUAGAUCCAGAGAGUGUAAGAUUUGUAUUAGCAGCUAUUAGAGAUAUGGUAUUGCAGCAAAAUUUAAGGAAUCACAAGACUUCUACAUGUUGUUGUGUUGAUAAAUUUUCUUUGUAUUAAUUCGAACAAUUAGGACUAAAAGUGAUAUGAAUAGGGAUACACGUCCAUGUUCAAUCCCCAUAGUUAAAGUUAAUUUAGAAUUGCAAUAGAGAAUAUAUGUGCGAUGUAAAAUAGCACUGUUUAUUGCCUCAUUUCUCCACAUUAAAGAUAAUAAUGAAGAAAAAAAAAAGCUGUAAUAUAUUGAAUAACCAACUGAAGGACUAUGUAUCGACAGUUACUUUCAGUGUUAAGUUAAAUAAGAUAGGAAGAAUAAAUAACAUUUGUAGAUACAAGUUAUGUAGAUAUACGCAAAUUGGACAGUACCCGUUGAUAUCAAAAACCAAAAGACAUUUAUAGGUCAGCACAUAGUUUUAUACGGGAGUCUUUACAGUAUUUUAAAUAUCCAUCUUUACUGCAAUUUAAAAAAUAAUUGAACAAAAAAGUGUGGGUUCAUCACAAUGCAUUCGCGUGUUUUAGUCCCUAAAAGAUAAUGCAGGUGAAUUUUGUUUAGCUUAUAUUGACUUAAAAAAGAAUUGCAUUUUACAUUGCAAAGCUUAAAAUAUAAUAUGUUUGCAAUCUUUAAGCUGUUAUUAGUGGCUGUUGUCAUAGAGGAGAGGCGAAAGAUACCAAAGGGACAUUCAAACGCAUAAGUCGAAAAUAAACUGACAACGCCAUGGCUAAGCAGAUCCUGCUCGGCAUAUGGCACCCGUCUUGUUGCUCAUGUUAAAUUUAGCAAAAUGGUAGUUAAUAUUUGAUGUUAAAAUCUUUCAUAGCAUUUCCCUAAAUUAUGUCAUAUUGUCUGAGGUGGUUUACCAUUAAGUAAGAAAUAGUUUGUCCCAAAAGGAUAUACAAGUACGUGUCAUGCAAAAGUUUUAUAAACGUCCGUCUAAUUAAAGCAGUAUAUAGUAUUUGAAGACAUAUACGGUCGUUUAAUCUUUUACAUUCAUUAACAAGAAGAAACAAACCAAAAUAAAAUGGAGGCAAGCGUACUGUAUAUGUUGAAAUCAAAAGAUAAAGUACUGAUUAACGAAUACAUGAAGAGAAUGUCAAAUGUUCCAAAGAAUGUAAGGUACUUCGUCAAACGUUACUUUCCGUUUACUCUAAUGAAGUUCAGAGCAGAGAUGAUAUUGAAAACAAGUUGAUGUCUAUAUUUGCGAUACCAGUUUAAAUAAAGUCAAUUACAGACG